CACUGGGCGUGGAGUGCGGGUCCCGCAGCGGCGGCGGCAGCGCAGCCCGCGCCUCCCCCCGCACCCGCACCGCUCAUUGUUCCGCCCGCUCCAGGCACCAUGGACGAGCUGGACCAGUCGCCCCUGGUCUCCUCCUCCUCCGGGCCAGCCCGGCCGCAGCAGCCACAGUUUAACUACCAGUUCGUGCUCGACGACGAGAAGGAGGAGGAGGAGGAGGAGGAAGAAGAGGAAGACGAGGACGAAGACUUCGACGAGCAGCUGGAGGUGAUGGAGAGGAAGCCCGCCGCGGCUCCCGCCGCAGCCCCCCAGGAGCGGCCGCCGCAGCUGCUGGACCUCGGCGCCCCCGCCGAGCCGCCCCGCCCCGCCGCUCCGGAGCCGCCGCAGCCCGACUGGAGCCCCCGGGGAGCCGUGUCCUCUUCCUCCUCCUCCGCCACCACGCCGUCCCCCGCGCAGGAGCAGCCCCCGGCCCCCGCCCGGCCCGCGCAGCCCCAGCCGCCCAAGGCUGAGCCUGCCGUCGCCCCCCGGAGAAGAGGGUCCUCCUCUGGCUCAGCUGAUGAGACCCUUUUUGCUCUUCCUGCUACAUCUACGCCUCUGAUGCACUCCUCUGCAGAAGAAGUUAUGGACUUGCAGGAGCAGCCAGGUAGCACUAAGUCGCUUGGUCAAGAGGAUUUUACUGCAGUCCCGCUUGAUCCUGCUCCUUCUCUUCCCUCCUUCUCUCCUCUCUCAGCCGAUCCCUUUAAAGAGCACACAGCCUUUGGUACCCUCUCAGAUGGAUUUCCUGCAAGAGGCACUUACAAAGAGAGCUCCGGGGAGGUUUAUAAAGAACCUAUGAAAAAUUCCAGAAACCCCUUUCUUGCAGAGGGAAAUGACAAAGACGUUUCAGAGACGAAAUACUCGCAACCCCCAUUUGCUAAAGAAGAAGCAGCCAUUUUGUCUCCAGCUAAAGAAAAUACACAGCUAGAGGGCCCUAAAGAAUUACCUAACCUGGAGAAAAUGCCUGCAGAGCAGCUGAAAAUGUCUCCAGAAUCUCCCCAAGAUUUGUUUGAGAGGAAUGAGGAAGAUCUCUUCGAUAACAAAGACAAGUACGGAGGAGAUGGUGAUCAUGGUGAAAAAGGGGUGGUGAAAGAAGAUCCUCUUAGAAGGGAAGAGUAUGCAGACUUCAAACCAUUCGAGCCAGUAUGGGAAGUCAAAGGUGCUAGUCAUGGAUUGAGCAGCAUGAGAGAGGAUGUUGGAAGUAAGAUCGAUGCCAAGCUGGAGAGCAGUUUGGAUGAGAAAUAUGGUGUGGGUAUGCUGAAUGUGCAGAAGGAUUACGAAAGAGAGAGUGAAGGCAGUGCUGAAGAUCCCUCUUUCCCAAGCACCCCAGAAGCUGUAAAAGAACCUUCGCAGACUUACAUCACUUGUACUAAAUUUGACUCCUCUCCAAGUCCAGGUGGUAACAAAGGCAAAUCUCUUUCUCCACUAGAGGAAGGCACUUCAGAAAAUAGAACUGACGAUGAGAAAAAGAUUGCAGAACUGAAAGCUCAGACAGGCCCAGAACAAGGUAAUUUUGGUACUGGAGCAGUUGGGCAGGAAGGGCAGGGAGCUGAGUCCCCUAAAGCACAGGGGGUCCCACCAGUGCCGCCCGACAGCGCCACAAGCAUGCCCGAGGGUCUCACUCCUGACCUGGUGCAGGAGGCGUACGAGAUGCACGAUGCAGCCUGCACAAAACUGGCUUAUGAAACCAAGAUUGAUUUAGUGCAAACCUCCGAGGCGGCGCAGGAGACUCUGAAACCCACGGCGCAAAUCUGCCCCUCCUUCGAAGGCUCGGAAGCCGCUCCGUCGCCGAUAUUGCCGGAUAUUGUUAUGGAAGCCCCGCUAAGCACUGGGACUGCUGGGGCAGAAGCAUCUGCUGUGCAGCUGGAAGCUUCCCCACUAGAAACGUUUAUUCCCACUGCCAAGUAUGAGAAUGUAAAAGAGGCUGAAAAACCUCCUGUAUACCAAGAGGCAGUGAAUGUACCGCUGACACAGACCCAGGAAGCAAAGGAGACAUUGGCAUUUAAACAACCUGAUGGGGAGAGUAGCACCACUCCUGAAGAUCUGGAGACUCCUUAUAUAUCUAUUGCGUGUGACUUAAUUAAGGGAACAAAGGUGUCUGGUGAAUCUCCUUCUCCAUCCUUCGCAGAGUAUUCAAAGACACUGGUAACAGAAAGCAUUUCUCAGGAUGUACCUGAACACAAGGAACUAGAUGGAAAAAUGUCUCCACAGUUUGGAAAAGCUGGCCUGUUUAAUAGCCAGAUGAUAUCUGACUUUGCUGAGGAAGCGAGUGAAGAUCCAUCUCUCCUCUUAAAAAGUAAAUCCACUGAGAGUAUUCCAACUGAUGAAGAACAUGAGGAAGGACUGGUGGAUUCAGUAGCUGCCACGGGCAAGCCUUAUCUGGAGUCAUUCCAACCCGAGCUGGACUCUUCCAAAAUUGUUGCUGCUCCACCAUCUGAGCCAAUACCUGCAAAAACAGCCAAGGCAGAGAAGAUUCCUCUUCAAAUGGAAGAGCUGGAUGCUUUGGCUUAUUCAGCUGAUGAAUCUGUUGCUAUGGAACCAAAAACAGGAGAUGACAAAGCUCUCUCACCCAUGGAGUCUUCCCCAGGCUCAGUGGAAGAAGACUUCGUGAUGUUAGGUCAUCCUAAAACUGCUCCUGAAUUUGUGACAGAGGUCACUGACAGAGAAAUAAUGCACAAAGAUGAAGGUGAAGACAUCAGUAAGGUGAUCCAGGGUGAGAAGAGGCAGUUGCCUUGCCCAGAGCUGCCCUGUGAUCUGUCUGUGAAGAAUGUAGAAGUAAAAGCUGAGGAAGAUACCAAUGCCUUGAAAAAGUCGUUGGAGGCUGUGGACAAAGAAGUGCCUGAAGUAUCCACCACGUGCUUACCAGCCACAGAUACCUCACCUCUAUCUGCUGAAAAAGAGAUAGUCAGUGUAGUAAAACCAGGAGCUUUUGAGAAGGAAGCUGAGAAAGAAGCUGCUUCUGUUAAAGAAAAGAAAAAACCUACUGCUGUAUUUUCAACAAAGCUGAAUAAGUCUUCAGUUGUUGACCUCCUUUACUGGCGAGACAUUAAGAAGACCGGGGUGGUGUUUGGAGCCAGCUUGUUCCUGCUGCUCUCAUUAACAGUGUUCAGCAUCGUGAGCGUCACAGCCUACAUUGCCCUGGCCCUGCUCUCUGUCACCAUCAGCUUUAGGAUAUACAAGGGAGUUAUCCAGGCAAUCCAGAAGUCUGAUGAGGGCCACCCCUUCAGGGCUUACCUGGACUCCGAUGUAGCCGUGUCGGAGGAGCUCAUCCAGAAGUACAGCAACGUCGUGCUGGGCCACGUGAACGGCACCGUCCGGGAGCUGCGGCGCCUCUUCCUCGUCGAUGACCUGGUGGAUUCCCUCAAGUUCGCAGUGUUGAUGUGGGUUUUCACUUAUGUUGGUGCCUUGUUCAAUGGUCUGACAUUACUGAUCCUGGCUUUGAUUUCGCUCUUCAGUGUUCCUGUUAUUUAUGAGAGACAUCAGGCCCAAAUUGACCAUUACCUGGGACUUGUGAACAAGAAUGUCAAAGAUGCCAUGGCCAAGAUCCAAGCAAAGAUCCCGGGGUUGAAGCGCAAAACUGAGUAAAAGAAGCCUGAAGCAACUUACCAAUAGGAAGUUCAUCUUUUAAGGGGGAAAAAUACUCAUUGGAUUUACACGGGGAGGGUCAGGGAAUAGCAAACCCCUUGACAUUGCAGUGCAAUUUCACAGAUCUUUAUUUUUUAGCAACGCAGUGUUUGAGGAAAAAUAACUGUUUUGACUGCCAUGUGUUUCAUCAUCUUAAGUAUUGUAAGCUGCUAUGUAUGGAUCUAAAACUAAUCAUCUUUCCUUAUCCUGUGUGCAGCACUGGCUAAUACAAACGACUGAGACAGCUGUACAUUUGCUUCAUCAGAGGUAGUUCCUGCUGCGUUCCGGAGGUGUAGAGCAGGUGGGGCAGAGGAGAACACUUCCCAGUUUGUGCACUGUGUAUGGUCUGUGUAGAUUGAUGCAGAUUUUUCUAAAAUGAGAUGUUUUAGAAGAAUAUACCAGUUUAGCAAGUUUUGAAAAAUCUUGCCUUUUUGGUAUGAGUAUAGCUGUAUUGUGAUUUUAUUGUUUUAUCAAUUGCCAAUAUAUAUAUAUGUGUUUCACAAAGCUUAGAUCUUUCAGCUGCUCCACAGUGCUUUGUACUUCAGAGAACUGACUGAGGCCUGGACGAGCUCCAGAGCACACAAGCUUGAGAAACUAAAAAGUCUCUGUAAACACUGGCAUCUGUUGGAAACAACAAAA